GCUGGUGGUGAUGGCCCUGGCUGUGUCCUGCCUCCACAUGUUUGCCCAGAGUAACUGGACUGGUCCUCCGGCCUCCAUCCAGAUCUCAGACCUGCUGCCUUCAGCUCUGCUCUCCCCUCAGACCCAGACCCUGGUUGAGGCCAUCCACUCCAGCCUGCUCCUGGAUGGGGAGUCUGUUUACAGCCUGGUGGCCAACCCCUUCCUCCUCCUGCUGGCCAGGGUUAUUCUCACCAAGUGCUCCUCAAAGAUGGACAACCUCCAGCUGCUGCCCUGGUGGACUCUACAUUACAUCAACCUGCAUCAGCAAAUCCUGGAGGCCUGUUCUCCACAACUCCUUGAAUUGGCCAAAAGCAGCAUGGACAAAGGUUUGUGGUUUUAA